AUGCCUCGUGGAAAGAGAAAAGCGUCCGAAAUGGAUUCAGAGGAGGAGGCGGAUGAAACCCCUCGAAAGCUAACCAAGCGUGAGAAACGAGAAGCUGCAAUUGCCCGUGCCAAAGAGUCCAUGAAGGCUGACAAGCAAAAGGUGGAGGCCCGCAAAGCCAAGAAGGAAGGGAAACCAAUUCCUGAAGAACCAAAGCCAGCCAAGACAGCUACCCGAAAGUCUCCUGUGAAGCAAUCGCCAAAAAGGUCACCGCCCCGCACCAACCAAACCCGUCAAACAGUUGCUAGCGACGAGGAGAUGGACGAUGUCAAACCAGCGGCCUCAGUCAAGCCCCAAGCACAAAGUCAACCCACCUAUUCCAACAGAAAAUCACCCCCCAGCUACUCGCAUCGCUCAAACCCCAUUGUUGCCGCUGCGGCACCACCAUCUCCAGAAGAUGUGGAGGAGGAGGAGGAUGACGAUGAAAUUCCACCUCCACCAAUGGCUUCUUUGCAAGCACAAAUCAGUCAUCAAGUAUUGGCUAACAUGGCCGCUAUACAGGAGAACAAACCUACACUCCAUACUCAACCACCACCGGCCGCCUUCGAAAACCCACCAGAGGUGGAUGGAGAUGAAGUCGAAGAGUUGGUCCAUGAUGAAAACCCUAUUGUGAUUGACGAAGAGUAUCUUGAAGUGACAAGCAAACCAUUCUUCUCGAAGAGCACUCUGUUCUGGGUUUUUCUCGUUGCAAUUGUCAGCUAUGUUGUAAUGCAGGAUGACACAAUCACGGAAAUUGGAGGAGCUUCGACUGCAUUUGUUGAGGAAGCACCCUGUUUCAAAGACAAUGUGAUGGUAGAUCAAGAAACCGGCGUUAUCAACUCAUGUGCAGACAAUGGGGGUUUGGCGUGCCCAGAUGGCGGUACAUGCAAGUUCGGAAAGCUUGUCCAGUGCAUCAGCAAGCACUAUGAAGUCUCUGAAAAUAAAGACAGCUGUGUCUUGACAUCACUUAGCAAGGAAAAGGUUGCUGCUAUACAAGUGGUCUUGGAAGAAAAGACACUGCAAGGUGGUUGCCACAUUUCGGCAGAUGAAUAUUCCAUGUUCCCGUACAAGGAUAUCCAGCUAGCCAACCCGUUGGUCAUUGCCAAUGAUCCACUGGAAGUCAGUAUCGUGGAAAACGAGUUCAACGUGCAACGAAACAACGGCGUUCUGCAUAUUGGGCUUAAAUCAGACUACAAUCUCAAGAAACCGAUGCACUGUUUAGCAGCAAGUGCCGUUACUUCCUUCUUAGGUACUGUUGGUGGCUUGAUGGUUAGUGCAUUUCAUUUUUUCUUCGCGACGGCGUUUGAGCUUUUCAUGGAAUAUCCAGGACCAAGCUCUAUUGUGAUUCUUGUUGUCUUCAUCCUGCAGAUGUUUCUUCGGCGUCGGUCAUAUCGUAAGCAGUUGGCCGAUGACGUGAGCAAAAUCCGUCAGUUUGCCUAUGACUACCUGCAGGAUUCACCAGAUAUGUCUCAUAUUGCCCUGCAUGUACGUGACCACAUUGUCAUGGAAAGAUACCCCAAGAAGAAACGAAACUACUUGAAAAAAGAUGUUUGGCCCCGUGUGGUUCCUGAUCUCAAGGCGGAUAAUCGCAUCCGAAAGACUACAAGAAUUGUGGAGGGGCAACCUAAAGAUGCAUGGCAAUGGGUGGCUGCUGUGACGUCGGCCAAGAAAAAGCCUCAAACUAUUCAAUAA